AUGGAUCCUUGCUGUGACGAUGUCUGUGACGUCGUUUUCGUCGGGAAUCCCGGCGUGGGCAAGAGCACCCUGCUCUCGGCCGUGUCAGGCCGGCACUUCGAAAGUGGCCUCAGCUGGGUCAAUGGCUUGACGAAGAAGCUUUGCUUCCAAAGAUCUCCGGCGCUGCCUGGCGUAAGGUUUGGUGAUACCCCAGGCUUGGCGGAUGUCUCCUUGGCAGAGAUGGCUGCGCAGGCCAUCAACGAAGCCUUCAGUGAUGCCGCCCGGCAUGGCAGGAACGUGAAGCUCAUCUUUGUGAUCACGACCGAGAGUGGACGCUUGCGCCCCGAAGACCUCUUCACCAUCAAGCAGGUCAUGCAGUCCAUUGAGCUACCUGGCGGAUCCAGGCCGGGGCCCAACAGCUACGGCUUGCUGAUCAACAAGUGCAACUGGCUAGAGGCACCGAUUGCUGAUGAAGGGAAACAGCUGAUCAAUGCGACGUUUCAAGUGCCGAAGCAGUCGGUGCCUUUCGUGACGGGGUACACGCAGUAUGUGCCAUUUAUCCCAGAAGCCGCUGGCGCUGAUCAGCUGGUGCACUUUCCGGGGCUCAUUGAGUGGGUCUUCAGUUUCCCGGGCAUCACCAUCUCCAGGGCAACUCUGAUCGACACCCGCGGCUUAGAGGAGAAAAUGAAGCAGAUGAGGCAACAGGCUGCUAGAGACGAGGAGGCAUUGGUAGCCCGCCUGCAGCGCAAACAUGAGCAGGAGCUUGGAGAACUCAAGGCACAGAUGGACUCCACCGUGGCGGACAUGGAGCGCAAGCUGCGCGAAGCGCAGAACCGCGGCUUUUGGAAAUCUUUGGGCAAGCUGGUGCUCAGCGUAGCGAGCAUCGCUUUGUUUCGUGUGCCUUUACCUCCCUAG